AUGGUCAUCACAUUCUUCAUGUUCUUCAUGGUCAUCAUGGUCCUCAUGUUCUUCAUGUUCUUCAUGUUCUUCAUGGUCUUCAUGAUCCUCACGGUAUUCAUGGUUAUCAUGUUCUUCAAGGUAUUCAUGGUCAUCAUGGUCAUCAUGUUCUUCAUGAUCCUCAUGGUCUUCAUGGUCAUCAUGUUCUUCAUGAUCCUCAUGGUCUUCAUGGUUAUCAUGGUUAUCAUGGUCUUCAUGGUCAUCAUGGUCAUCAUGUUCUUCAUGUUCUUCAUGGUCAUCAUGGUCUUCAUGGUCAUCAUGUUCUUCAUGAUCCUCAUGGUCUUCAUGGUUAUCAUGUUCUUCAUGGUAUUCAUGGUCAUCAUGGUCUUUAUGUUCUUCAUGGUCUUCAUGGUCAUCAUGUUCUUGAUGGUCUUCAUGUUCUUCAUGAUCCUCAUGGUCUUCAUGGUUAUCAUGGUCUUCAUGAUCCUCAUGGUCUUCAUGGUUAUCAUGUUCUUCAUGGUCAUCAUGGUCUUUAUGUUCUUCAUGGUCUUCAUGGUCAUCAUGUUCUUGAUGGUCUUCAUGUUCUUCAUGGUCUUCAUGUUCUUCAUGUUCUUCAUGGUAUUCAUGGUCAUCAUGUUCUUCAUGGUCAUCAUGUUCUUCAUGGUCAUCAUGUUCUUCAUGGUCUUCAUGGUCAUCAUGGUCAUCAUGGUCUUCAUGGUCUUCAUCCUCCUGCUGAUGAAUAAUCUCUGCUGA